AUGAUGAACUUGGGAUAUCAGUGCGGUCUACAUUCCCAGCUGAUUGUUCCUGCUCUCGGUGCUUCUUUUCCUCAUAGAUGGUUGCGAGAUGCCUGCCAAUGCACAGCCUGCGUACAUCCUUCUACAUCUCAGAAGCUUCGUAGGACAUCGGAUAUUCCCGCUGAUGUUCAUCCCAUUCCUUAUGGCGUAACUUUCCAGGAUAGUGGCAUACACGUCGAGUGGGCAGAUAAUCACAAAUCGUUUUACGAGCACUCUUUCUUGGAACGCUACUCAUCCGCUCAACGACUGUCGUCUUUUCACAAAGAUGUAAAACCGACAUCUUGGGAUGUAUCUACCAUCUCCCAAGCACCUGACCUCUACAUGACCUAUGAAGCCAUAAAGAAGCCUUCCCAGCUACUCUCUGCCAUCACCCAGCUUACCCGUUAUGGACUACUCUUCCUUACAGGUGUCCCGAACACCGAACACACAAACGAGACAUGCGAGCUCCGCAAACUUGCUAAUAUUUUUGGCGAACUGCGCGAAACCUUUUAUGGGGAACUGUGGGAUGUCAAGAACAUCCGUAACAGCAAAAAUAUUGCCUAUACUAAUCUUGACUUAGGUAUGCAUAUGGAUCUGUUAUACUUCCAACACCCUCCUCGAUAUCAAAUUCUCCACUGCCUUCGCAAUCGUGUUAUAGGCGGUACCUCACGUUUUAUUGAUGGUCUCCGCGCCGCGGAGACAUUGCGGAAGACCCAUCCAAUGGACUUUGAUACCCUGACUACUACACCGGUUCCAUUCCAUUACGUCAAUGAUGGACAUCACCUUCAUUACGAGCACCCUACCAUCGAACUUGCUUCGUUGCCCGUAACAAUAGGAACUGACUCACAGACCACCAGUAUCUCUGCAUCCAGCGUGCCAGAAAUUAAGCACAUUAAUUAUUCCCCGCCUUUCCAAGCCCCUCUGCUGUUAGAUUCAACUCCUCCCUCAUUUUACGAUUAUACCCUGCGCGAAGGCGAUGCCGUCUUGUUCGACAAUCGGCGGGUUUUGCACUCACGCGCUUCAUUCACUGACGAUGGCUCCGGUGCGGAUGCAUAUGGCGAGACCAAUCGAUGGCUGAAGGGUUGUUAUCUCGAAGCUGAUGCCAUUUUAGAUCGAGGAAGGGUGUUGAGGACGAAGCUUGAGUCGCUGUAG